AUGUCCUCUCACACAGAAUCCAAUGCUGCCAUGGAACUUGCAUACAACAAGAUGCAAGACAUUGUCUCCAAGGCGUUGAAGAUGCAAGAUGGCCACCCAGAGCAUCAGAAGCAGGCAUUUUCUUUAGCAAUUGAACUUUCAUCAGUGUUAGGUUCUCAUGGCCGAUCGGCCACAUUAAUCCUGCUGAUGGUGUUGUCCAUUGCCACAGAGGUCAAGGACACCACCUACCAGAGAAAGUUCUUGAGGUCGAUUGACUGGCGAUCGCUACGACAUGAUGACCCUCGUAUCGACGACCACCCCUUCAAGGAAAAAGCUCGUGUGUACAUCGCUAACCAUACAGUCGAACCAGCAACCAUGCCAUCUUUGGCAACCGGAUUUUCAGACAUGGCAUCUACAUCUGCAGCUGCUGCCAUGUUGGAGGUCAAUCCUAAUCCCACAGCGAAGCCAGACCACAUCGCCCGACAUUUCCAUACUACCCCCCCUCGCCCAUCUCAGAUUCAAUCUCACACAUCCUCCCGGCCUCGAUCAUUUGGACCUGUAUCCAGCUUGACGGAAACAAAGGGCAAGGGCAAGGGCAAGGGAAAGGGAAAGGAAGCUAAACCAUCGACACCCUAUCGGCUGAUCAUCUCCCAAUCCACUCGCCAAAAACACUCUUGA